UCAAUCCCUCCCAAACCGUAUUCUCUUCAUUCCUAACUGGUUUGCACUUCCUUCACUCUUCACUCUUCACUACUACUUCACUCUUCAAACUAACUUAACUGCCCCAUAUAAAAUGGCUUCGUCCUCCUCCACUCCAUCAUCAAACUCAUCACUCGUCCCUCCUCAAACCCCUAAUUCUCAUUAUCAAUAUGCAAGGAACCUCCAAGGACAAUGGUGGCCGCCACCCUUUGUACAGGGGAGUAAGACAACGAAGGAACUCAGACAAAUGGGUUUCUGAGAUCCGUGAGCCAAGAAAACCAAACCGUAUCUGGUUAGGAACAUUCUCCACUCCCGAGAUGGCGGCAAUAGCCUAUGACGUGGCCGCUCUAGCCCUCAAAGGCACUCAAGCUGAGCUCAACUUCCCAAACUCGGUUUCCUCUUUGCCUGUCCCAGCCUCCAUGUCUCCAGGAGACAUCCAAGCAGCAGCCGCUUCAGCCGCAGCUGCUUUUGGUGCUGCUAGGGAUGCGAUUGUUAUGGCCAAUAAUAACAGCCAAACAAGCGGUGUGGCACACGUGAAUGAUAGUUAUGAGAAUACAAAUAUGAACGAAUUCAUGGACGAUGAUUUGGUAUUUGACAUGCCUAAUGUGCUCAUGAAUAUGGCUGAAGGAAUGCUUCUCAGCCCACCUCGUCCUUCUGCCUUUGAUGCUGCUUACUACGACGCUGAUGGUUUCACUGGAGGCAACGAUUACUUGUGGAACUUUCCUUGAUAACUAAACAAUUUAACCAUAUAAUAUAUAAGUAUGUGAUUUUGUGUGUUUAUAUAUAUAUGUGUAUGUAUGAAAUAAAGAAAAUGGUGUCUAGUGAUGCAUAGCAUGCAUGGUUAGGCCGUUUUUGGCGGGUUCCUGUUACCGUAGGGUGUUUUCAACGGGUUGGCCAUGAGGUCUGUUUGUGGCGGGUUCACCGCUUGUUGUGACCAUUUUACGCGAUCCCUUCAGACCCGUCGCGUCUUACUUCUUGUUUUUUUUUUUUUUGUCAUGUUCUUUUCUCAUUAUUUUGG